GUGAAUCGGACAUAUUUGAAUGUUGCGCACAGGUUUACUUCCUGGAAUAUCCGACGUCCGCCUUGUAAAGUUUUUGCCUAAUGUGACUUGUCGUACGUUCACGGUAGACUUUUUAUGAUUCGUGUGUGUCUGACACCGCUUUUUUUUUUUUUUAAAUCGCCAACAAAUUGACAUUCAACCGCUAUGUAUAAUAUCGCUUCUCGUGGCUGCUUUUUUGUUUAGCAUGACGCUUCACUGUCGUCACAAUCAGAUUUCUUGAGGGCACCGCACCCUUCAAGGCUGACGGUGUUAUUAUGGAUAUCUACGAUCCAAUCAUACAUAGGAAUGGGCGGCAGAGAAAGCAAUUAGAUGGAAGCCGGUACAGUCCUGAAAGUAUGAAAGAUAGUGACAGAACAGACCUGCUGGACAUUUCUGACCCUGAAGUAGAUGGGGUAGCAGACAACCUUAUCGCAGGGUCUGACUCCGAGGAAAGGAUGCAUCCUAAAGUCUACCGAAGUAUUCGUGCUGAAUUGGGGAACGUGUCGCUCCUUCUCUUCCUUUAUGUGCUGCAAGGAAUUCCACUUGGACUAGCUGGUAGCAUUCCAUUGAUUUUACAGAGUAGAAAUGUAAGCUACAAGGACCAAGCCGUCUUUAGUUUUGUAUUUUGGCCAUUCAGCCUCAAACUUUUAUGGGCGCCUUUGGUGGAUGCGCUCUACUUCAGCAAGUUUGGUAGAAGAAAAUCCUGGCUGGUACCGACGCAGUACCUGUUGGGCCUCUUCAUGCUCUGCCUUUCUGCUAAAGUUGACUCUCUGCUGCAGAGAGAGGAAGGUCCUAACAUCAUUGCAUUGACCUCGGUCUUUUUUAUGCUGACCUUUUUAGCAGCAACGCAGGACAUUGCUGUGGACGGCUGGGCUCUAACGAUGCUAUCUAAAGAGAACGUAGGCUAUGCAUCAACGUGCAACUCUGUGGGCCAAACAGCUGGCUAUUUCCUCGGCAAUGUGCUCUUUUUGGCCCUGGAGUCUGCCGAUGUCUGCAACAAACUCUUUAGAACGGAGCCCAAGGAGACCGGAAUCAUCACCUUGUCAGACUUCUUGUUUUUCUGGGGCGUGGUGUUUCUCAUCACCACAACGCUGGUGGCCAUCUUGAAAAGCGAGAAGGCGGAUGGCAAAGGCAAGGGAAAAGACCCAGAGAAGACGCAGGGUGUUUUGCAAACCUACAAGUUGCUCUUGAAUAUUGUCAAGAUGCCCGCAGUCCUCACCUUUUGUGUCCUGCUUCUCACUGCCAAAAUCGGCUUCUCCGCUGCCGAUGCAGUGACAGGUCUAAAGUUGGUGGAGGGUGGUGUUCCUAAGGCACAAUUGGCAUUGCUUGCAGUGCCAAUGGUACCUCUACAGAUUCUUCUACCGGUGGUCAUCAGUAAAUACACGGCGGGGCCCAGACCACUGGAUGUUUUCUACAAGGCCUUCCCUAUAAGGUUAAUUUUUGGCCUGGAGUUUGUUCUUCUUGUUUGGUGGACCCCGAGUGUAAAACAUGAAGGAGAGUUCCCUGUUUACUACUAUAUCAUUGUGCUGCUUAGCUACGCCAUGCAUCAGGUGACCUUGUACAGCAUGUACGUCGCCGGAAUGGCCUUCCACGCCAAAGUGAGUGACCCGCUCAUUGGCGGCACUUACAUGACACUGCUGAACACAGUUACUAACCUGGGAGGAAACUGGCCCGCCACUGUGGCGCUGUGGUUAGUAGACGCCCUCACCUGGAAGGAAUGUCAGGGUGCUGUUGGGCAUACGUGUGCCUCACCAGAUGCGGCAGGGCUUUGUAACAAGGAGGGUGGCACCUGUGUCACAUGGCUGGAUGGCUACUACGUGGAAUCGGUGAUCUGUGUGCUGAUUGGCUUUGUCUGGUGGGUGUGGUUGGGGAAGAAAUUGAAGAGGCUGCAGGAGCACAGUCCUGCUGCAUGGAGAUGCAGAGUCCCACAUUAUUGACCAGUGCUUUUUUUUUUUUUCUUAAAUGUUGUCCAAAGAAAUAUUUAAAGACUGGAGGGGGUAUGUUGCUGUGACUUGUUUCCAAUAUCUGAUACACAUCUGCUAUCUAAUUCUAAAUGUCUGGUAAGAUACAGUAAUUGUAUAUAUAUAUAUAUAUAUAUAUAAAAAAAGUCAUGAAGAUAAUCACCAUCAAAGGUAAUAUUGGAACGAUUUGUUCGUUAAUGUGGUUGUAGUUUACAGUGGUAUAGAACUGCACUGAAUCCUAUUGGGUGUCUUAACCCUUUCACGGACAGUGGGCAGCUAGGUAAUUAUUUCUGAUCAUGCCUAGAGUUAUAAAAACACUUGGGAAAAGAAUCCUAAUUUAGGGUAUCAUAAUUCGUGCAUGAAUGGGGUAAUAUUUCUGUUGCCUCAGCAGCAUCAGUAAAACAGAAAAGCUAUUGUUCUAAAUCAAUAAAAAUUAAAACCACAUUAUUAAAAAGUUUCAGUCCAAACUUUAUAUUACGUAUUUUUUCUCAAAAUUCUGAACAUAAGUGUACUGUAUAAUCCAAUUAUAGAAAGUUUGUAUUUUAAUUUUGCAAACCUAAUUUGAGGCUUUUUUACAAUUCAUAAUGUCAUAAUUGUCAUAAUUACUUAUGACCUGAUUGCUUUUGGUACGCUUCACUCAGACCUGAUUCAAUAUGUGAUAAUGCAGUUUUUCAUUUGAAGACAUGUGCCUUGCUCAACGUGAAGACUGAACAGGAAGUUAUGAUGCUACCCAUAGGUUUUUGCACCUCACAUUACUGCUGAACAGCUGGAUUUCUUUUUAAUACAUACUUGAAACCCUUUGUCAAAUACCAGCACUUACCUCUGUUAGAAAUGAAGUGAUUACAGAUUUACACCAAUGGAACAUCAGUUUAAAAUUACGAAUCAUGACAAAAACUCACUAAAAUUACAUUUUGCUAGCAAACUGUAAUAACCAUGUUUUUAAUUUCAAAGUGCACCCAUGUUAGAUCCCCAAAUCAAGUACUUAUUCCUAUUAAACUGUGACUUGACCAUGAGUUUGGGCAUUAACAGUCCUCUAAUCUUCUGAACUAUAGUUUUUGCAAGUCAUUCCACCAAAUUUCUUUUGUCAAUAGUUAUUUCCAUUUCUCCUACAAAGCCUGAUGUUUUAACAGCUGUUGACUGCAAAAAAAUGUAUUUGGGUGGAUGUAUUUUCAGUUUUUCUGGUUCCUUGGUUAAGCCGUUUAAAUUGGCCAAUAAAUAUUUGCCAUUUUAAAUGUCAAGUAUUUCCUAAAGGUUUCUGUAUAUUUUGAAAUGGCAUUCAACAAAAUACUGUAUAUAGUUAUAUUUUGAAAAUAUGAAUAUAUUAAGGGAAUGAGGUUGAGUUGUGGAAAUGUAUAGCCGAUUUGAAACCUGUCAAUAAACAAAUUGAUGAGUUUGAAGUGCAGUCAUACACUGAAGACACAACACAAUAAUUUUUGUUUUAUUGUAAUUCCCUUUAGUAGGAAUUUUUAAAUGUCCUCCCAAACAAGUUCGCUUGAUGCAAACAGGCUAGCUAAUAAUGAAGCCCAGCUUUUUGAGAGCAUUCAAACAAAGCUGCCCAGAUCAACUGGUGGCACUGGGGGCAGGGAUAGUGGGGUGGUGUUUUGCAUUAAUGAAAUACAACUCCCGUUGGGGCCUUCAAGCACACGUCACCCAUGAUGAACCCCCAAAGGUAAAAAGUUCACUUUUUCAAACAUUUUUAAUUUUGGCUCUCCGAUUCAUAAUUUAUGCAUAGCAUU